AUGAGUCUCAAACGUGUAGUUGUCACUGGUCUUGGGGCCUACACGCCCCUUGGUUCUACAGUUUCAAAGUCUUGGGCAGGUUUGCUUGCUGCUAAGCAAUCACUAAUACCCUUAGAUGCUUUCUACAACAGAGAAGACUUUGCAAAAGUGAAAAAGUUGGUCCCACUAGAUACAGCAGUGAGUAGGUUACAUGCCGAUCCAUUAGAUACUUUCCCAGAGUAUGAUCAGCGAAGAAUGACACCUGCUCACCAGAUCGUUUUGGAAAAGACUAAAGAAGCAUUACUUCAAGCGAAUUUAAUUGCUGAUGAGAAUCUAAACACUUUGACCGAAGAUAUAGAUAAGACAAAAGUGGGAUGCGUUAUCGGUACUGGGAUGCCUUCUAUGCCUGAUUUAGAAUCUACGAUUUCUACACUUUUCACUAAACCGAAGGUGUCUCCUUUCUUGAUCCCGCGUGUGCUACCCAAUAUGGCCAUGGGGAACGUCAUGAUCAAAUACGGGAUACAAGGUCCUUCCAGCUGUCCUUCAACGGCAUGUGCAACCGGAAAUUCUAGCAUAAUCGAGGGAUUCAACUCAAUUCAAUUAGGUCUCGCAGAUGUCAUGAUUUGUGGUUCUUAUGAAUUCAGUAUAGAUCCAAUAUCUAUUGCCGGAUUUUAUAGAUCGAAAACCAUCAGUAAAAAACACCAAACGAGACCAUUUGAUGUGGAACGUGAUGGGUUUAUCAUGGGAGAAGGGUGUGGUAUACUUACGCUUGAGUCCCUAGAAUCUGCACUCAAGAGAGGUUCUCCAAUACUGGCCGAAAUUAGUGGUGUCGGCUUGAGCAAUGAUGGAUAUCAUAUUACUUCUCCAUUACCAGAUGGAUCGGGGGGCAAACUGGCGAUGCAAAACGCAUUGAAAAGAGCAAAUAUUGCUCCACAACAAGUAGGAUAUAUUAACGCCCAUGCUACUUCGACACAACUAGGAGAUGUGGCUGAAAGUACAGCAAUCACAGAAUUAUUUGGCACCAAAAGUACAGGAACGGCACCAUAUGUCAGUAGUAACAAAGGUCACAUUGGCCACUUACUGGGCGCGUCUGGCUCAGUAGAAUCUAUAUUUACCGUCUUGUCGUUGAAAUAUGGCCGCUUCCCCCAUACUCUCAACUUGAAGACUGUUGAUGAAACAUCAAUCAUAAACGAGUUAAAUCUAAUAAAGAACGAAUCUAUGAUUGAUAACUCCAUUGAAUAUGCAUUGACAAAUUCAUUUGGGUUCGGUGGAGUUAAUACAUCCAUUUUGUUCCGUAAAUAUCAUCAAUAA